ACGGCCCUGAUUCUUUCGAGAUUAUCCGCCGGAAAUCUUCGCUGCUGUUUUGUUUUGGUUCGUUCAUUUCAGCUUUCUACGAUUUUCUGCUAAUUUCUUGAGUAAUCUAUCGGUUUUAUAGAUAAAUGAGUAGUCGUGUAAAGUUGAAGAUUCUGCGAGUUCGAUAUAGUUGUAAUCGGUGUUUUCGCUUGGUUUGAGAGAUUUCACGGAAGAAUCUCUCUGUUUUGUUGAUUUUGUAUGCAGAUGAUGAUUUGAAUUCAUUUUAUGAACGUUUGGUUGUAUUUGUUCGUAAUUGGAAAUCGAAAUGGGAGUGAAAGUUGCUACGACGUGUUUACAAUGGUCGCAGCCUAUUGUUCAUCAUUCUUCUUGUUAUUCGCAAACCCUAGCUUCCAUAGUUUCAUCUCCUUCGUCGACGACGCGGCGAAACCGUGACGAUGGAGGGGGGCGGUGUGUUUAUACGCUUGGUCGAACAGGUCUAUUCGGAAUCCAGCUCGCGAAGUUUCAAAGAUCUCGCUCUUGCUGCGAUUAUAAGCCAAGAAUUCGGACGAUCAGAAGAGCGUGUAGUGCUAAUCUGGAGGACGGUUUCUCAGAUGAAGAAUUCUCCAAGCAGAUUCAGGAUUUGGCGCUUAGGUUUCAAAUUUCCGGAGAAAACACCAGCCAUUUCAACGCCGAGAGUUCGGAUUCCGUUUCCGAUUCCAGUGUUGAUCGUGAAUUCAAUACUGUUGAAUGUUCUGUACAAAACCAGAUCCAAAUCACACCGCCUCAACUCGUUUCAACAGAAUCUCCAUGGCCAGAAUUCUACCAAGAACCUCCGGAAUGGACACAAGAAACCGAGAUAAUGCCAGACGAUAUCGAGCGGAAAGCAAAUAGUGUUGACCUUCCGUUAUCUCUUCGAAUUUUGAAGAGGAAAAUGCAAUGGCACGACGGAAUCAGAGAAGCAAGAGAAUCCGCUUAUUGUUCAGUUAAGAAGGCAUUCUCCUCCAUGGUUUUCAUGAUUAGAGAGCUUCAUAGCUAUUCCUUAAAAUUGAGAGAGAUUCUCUUUUACGAAGAUUUACAAAGCAUUCUGAAUCGAGUUGAAAAGGAAAUGCACGCUUCGUUUGUAUGGUUAUUCCAGCAAGUUUUCUCACACACUCCAACUCUUAUGGUGUAUGUGAUGAUUCUCUUAGCGAAUUUCACAGUGUAUUCCAUGGGAAACAACUCCGCCAUUGCUGCUUCUUCCUCGCCUUCUCCUUCUCUAACUCAGACGGUUGAGGAAUCAGUUCAAAUCCAGAACCAAAAGCCACAGAGAUUCGAUUCUUCUGCAAUCAAGACGUUUUCAGUGUCUGGGAAAACAAAUUCCAUCGGCGGUAAUGGAGGCGGCGGCGGAAAGGUCCGACCGAUUGCCAGUGGAACAGACGGCGAUGAAUUCAAUCGUUCAAACAAUUAUCCCACCGUCAUGCCAGACGGGACUUCACAAUUAUCCUCAAUUGGAACUUCAGCAGAAGAAGAAUCGUCGAUAUCAGGGGAAAUCAUCAGAGAAGAAGAGCUUUCUCUGUGGAAUUCAAUUCUCAAAGAAGCUUUGCAAAUGCAAUCGGAAAUGAGAAACGAAGCAAUCGAUGAAGACGCGAUAAGGAGAUUCGUUUCGCCGGUGAUGGCAAAUAUUGAAUCGGAUAACUACACGGAGUAUUUCAGAACAGAGCUUCUUUACCAAACGGGAUUAUCCCAAGACCCUAAUAAUCCACUUCUCCUCACCAAUUACGCUCAAUUUCUCUGCCUCGUGGCCCAUGAUUACGACAGAGCGGAGGAAUACUUCAAGAAGGCAGUGGCAGUGAAACCGGCGGAUGCAGAUGCGUUUAACAAAUACGCGACUUUCUUGUGGAAAGUCAGAAAGGAUUUGUGGGCAGCCGAGGAGUCAUUUCUGGAAGCCAUUUCUGCGGAGUCUGGUAACCCAUUUUACGCUGCUAAAUAUGCCAAUUUUCUCUGGAGCAGUGGUGCUGACGAAACGUGUUUAGAAAAUUUUUAAAAUCCCUCCCCCCCAAAAAAAAAAGAUAAAUAAAUAAACGGAAAAGAUAAAAAUGCCAAGUUUGGCAAUUGGAGUGCAAUGGCGGGCGUCGUGGCUGAUGAUGAAUGACGGGAUUUUUGUUUGGCACGUGUGGGAAUAUUCAUCCUAAUUCCAAUGGCCUCUCUUGGAACUGUAAGCUUCCUCUUUCUUUUCUCUCUCUCUUUAAGUAUAUUCUUACCCUCUGUGGGCGCCAUUUUCAGAUGGCAAAUUGUAAUUGUUAUUUUUUUUUAAUCUUCUUUUUACAAAAUUGUUAAUUUAUGAAUAGAAAAAAAAAAAGGAAAAUAAUGAGAUAAUGAAUAUAUAAAUUUACGUGUUUUUUU